CACGAAUCAUCAUAAUACAUUAAGAGGAAUUACCUCUUGUUUUGUUAGUGAUCGCCUAUACCUGCAGAAGUUCUAUCUCUAACUAUAAGGUCAAUAUUAAUGAUUUAACAUACACGUCUAACAUUCAUCAUAAUUUAUUAUUGUGUUGCUAAACGCUCCAAGAGUGCGGUCAGAGUUUACCACCCUUACGUAUCUUGACAGUGCUGUGUCAAAAGGGGCAGUUUGCUUGAAUGGGGGCCCACCAGGUUACUAUCUUUUAGAAGGAAGUGGAUCAGGAGUCAAUAACUGGAUGAUUUAUAUGGAGGGUGGCGCGUGGUGUACAUCACCUUCUGAGUGCUUGGAAAGAUCAAAAGGAUGGCUUGGGGACGUUUAUUCCAGACCUCGAAGAGCUUAUUUUGAUGGGAUGCUAGAAAACAACAAAACAUACAAUCCAGAUUUUUAUAACUGGAAUAGAGUCUACAUUGUAUAUUGCGAUGGCUCGUCAUUCUUGGGAGAUGUUGAGGAAGUUGACCCUCAAACCAACGUUACUUAUAGAGGCUCAAGAGUCUUUGACGCUGUUAUCGAGGAUCUAUUCGCUAAAGGAUUGAAUAAUGCCGAAAAUGUUAUUCUUUCCGGGAGCUCGGCUGGUGCAUUAGCAACUAUAUUGAAUUGCGAUACUUUCAGUGCUCGUCUUCCUAAUGCUAAAAGGGUUAAAUGCCUUUCUGAUUCUGGAUUUUUUCUCCAUGCAACAAAUCUUCCAGGAGCAAAGGAAAGAGAAGAUUACUUUACUCAAGUGGUCAACUUACAUGGACUAGAAAAAUUCUUGCCUGCAUCAUGCACAUCAAAACGGAAUCCUGGUCAGUGCCUUUUCCCUGAAUACUUGGUCGAGGACAUUCAAACCCCACUGUUCAUACUCGAAUCUUCAUUCGAUUAUCACCAGUUAAGAGAGAUGCUAACACCUUAUAUUGGUGGUGGUUAUGACGAAUGGCAUGAUUGCAUAUACAAUUUGACACUUUGCAAUUCAACUCAAAUAGGAAUUUUUCAGGAAUUUCAGCAAACAUUUAUAAAUACAUUGCAAAAUCUUAAGUUUUCUGCAUCAAGAGGAAUGUAUGUUCACAAUUGCUAUCUCCAUACGCAUAUCUAUUUGAAGAGUGAGUCCGUGUGCUCAGCUGUGGGAAAAAAUACAUUGGAAAAUAAAUCGGUAGCGGAGGCCAUUGGUGAUUGGUAUUUCGACAGGAGGUCUUUCCGUGAUAUAGACACUGUUGAUCACCACAAAUUAAAAUCAAAACUCACGUGUGUGUGCGUGUGUUUUACGCAACCAAAAUACACAAAAAGCACCGCCACAAGUACCAAUGCACCUCCCAUCGCCAUCCGUCACGAGUGGUGGUUGGCCGUGUCGUGCCUCUCAUCCCCGACGCCGCCACCAUGCGACCUGAACGCUUGUGACUCUGAGACUCAAUCGCCGCCCACCCUGUACGGAUUUAUCCCCGUCAGCAUCCCAACUGCCCUUCUCCCAUCCUGUCGCCGCCGCCUAGCUGCUGACUCGGCAGCAGUGCCACCAGCGUCGGAAAAUUCAGGAAGUGCAGCCCGCUCGACAUUUAGUGUUGAACCU